UCUGUCCGGAGGAGAGAGAGAGAGAGAGAGAGAGAGAUACAGGGACAUGAGCAAGUCUUCAGCGCCUCUCCAUUGCGCACAGAGAGUAGCUCGUCUAUGCGCUUCUUUAAUAUAUUUACGAAGACCGUGAAUGACGGAUGCGCGCGUGGAGAGCCGUUCACUUUCCCUGGAAAUAAAUACGUGGUGGGAUGUUAGUUAUACGGGAGCCUCUCCAAACCAUGGAAACGGAUUUGGAAAGAGUGAUUUUCUGUGUAAGAGGAUUUUGAGAUUGUCAUUGCGCAUUUUUAGUGGUACAUUUGGAGAUUUGGAGAUUCGGACACAUAAGUGUUGGAGAGGUCCUCUUUCUCCGGGAGCUCAUAUGGAAAAGCAGAUUGCAGGACAUGGAUAGAUUGUUUGAGUCUUCUGUGAAUGUGUUGCCGAUGAUCAGUGUUCCUCUCUGAGGUGUGUCGGGGCAAAUAAAGAGAGAGUUUGUGGUAUGCGAACGCAACGACGCGCCGCGUCUUUCUCGCCGUGCUGUCAGCAGCGCACUAACAUUUAACGGUGUGGAUUCGUCAUGCUGCGACAGAUGCUCUUGAACUCCACGGCGGUGGCACGAGAUUUUGACCGAAUGACCCACACGCACACACCGGCACCGCUCAACGUGUCUCACGGACCCGUGAGCGUGUCGGCCCUCCUGAAGCCCACGGGCCGUGGUGGUGCUCUGCGCGAGGGCGAGCUGAACAAACCGGAUCUGGCCACUUACGUGGUGAUGUGCCUGGUGCUGUUUCUCCUCGUCCUACUCAUCGUUUUCUUCAUCAACUGUCAGCUUAGAAACUCUUUCUUCGCCUCCAUGCCUUACGACCGCUCGCUGCGAGAAGCGCGGAGCUCUUACAAAUGAGACGGCUCAGAUCGAUGGGUACGAUGGGGCUCAUUUCUGCAUCACUAUAUGGCAUCGGAAAAAUGGUGACUGCUUUCAGACAGGUUUCCCAAACACUCCCCCGUCUUCCGUUGGAUGAACAAUGAUAGCCACCACCCCUCCCCCACCCCAAAAACAAUCAUGGCAUUGAUUGGUCAUGAUGCUCAAAGAAGCAGAGCAAUACUUUAAAAGCACCACAAAGUCACUGGAUUCAACCUAUGAAUAGUCUCCUAUAGUUGUACAGUAUAUGCAUAUUAUUCUGGGAUAUGUGGAAGUAUUUUAACAUUGAAAAAAUUAAAUGUACGUCACUUUAAAGGGAUAGCUUACCCCCCAAAAAUACAAACCUGCAUGACUUUCCUCCAUGGAACACAAAAGGAGACGCUAGGCAAAUUGACAACCUUAGUCACCGUUCGCUUUCAUUGUGUGGCAAAAAGAUGCACUGAAAGUGAAUGGUGACUGAGGAUAUCAUCUCCUUUUGAAGGAUGAAAAUAGAAACAGAAUUUUCUAUCCCGUUACGGUUAUAAUGGCACUUUGGAUAUCAAAACCGAAACAGAUCUCUGGAUGGAGCCCAAAGACUCGCAUUGAACCAGAACUUACCUGCGUUGUUGUUUAUGUGUCUGUAUAUAAGCACUGUUUUGUACUUCUGCACGUCACAUCAUGGCCUUUUUUUCCCUUAUAAUUUUGUUUAUAAAGUCUUGUGCAUUUUUGUAAAGAUCAUUUUAUUGUACUGUGUUAAACCAUGAUUAAAUCUUAC